ACUAAAUCGCUGAUAAAUUUCCUUUGACAAUCGCAACCCUAGCAACUCUUUUGUUAUUUGUUUAUUUGGGUUGUUUGGUUGAAAGCUUCAGCCACGCUCUGAUUCACUGUUUCCAUGUGUAAACGGUAAGUUGACAAAGAAUUGAUUCAAGACUGUUAUAAUGUGUGUAAAUAAAGGAAUUAUUUAUGCGAACCAUUCCAGUCGUUUAGUAAUUCUCGGCGACCAACAAUAUUGGGAACUUAGUUUCUGUUCUUAUGCUGCGAGAAGAAUAUGAGAAUUUUAUUAACAAUUCAAAUGCACCUUCUGUUUGCUGCUUCGGAAUUCUGAAAAUUUUACUUCAAUUCCAAAAAUGAACUUAAAUUGAGAUUCUAUGAAGUAAAUAUCAGCUAUUGUUAACAGAGGCAUUGUCUAUACAUGAAAAGUUUAGUAAACAAUCGAAGAGGAACACAACUUCCAUAUUCUUUGUGUGUUUCGUUUUUUUUGUGCGUUGGUUUUUAAUGUCUUGUCUUCGAGUUAAAUUCCGGUUGAAUCGCAAACGACUGGAACCGGGAAACUUCAAAAAUAGUUUUGCGACAAUCUUCAGAUAUUUGUAAUUAUCACUGCUGUAUUGAUAACAGUAGAUAUUUUCCCAUCAACAUAGGAAUACAUGGAAACCAGACCAAGACAGAUAUCCUUGUUUUGUGGUGAGGGAAUAAAAUAACGGAAAUUAUGUGAGAAACUUAAUGGAUUGAGUUUCACUGAAGAUAUACUGUGGUAUCUGUAAAAAGUUUUUCUUUCAAAGAAAAAAGAAAAAAACGGCAGCUCUUCAUACAGAACCGAACCUAUAUCCGGCGUAAAUCUUUAUCUGGAACUGCAAACUUCAUCAUCAUCAUCGUUUAACGUCCGCUUUCCAUGCUAGCAUGGGUUGGACGAUUUUGACUGAGGGCUGGCGAACCAGAUGGCUGCAACAGGCCUCAGUCUUGAUCUGGCAGAGUUUCUACAGCUGGAUGCCCUUCCUAACGCCAGGUUAUACACAAAUAUGUUGAUACAGGAGAGAAACCAUUGCAUGUGAUAAAUCAUUCCUUCAAAAAAUCGUUUAACUAGACUGAAACAUAUUCAUAGAGGAGAUAAACUUUAUUGUUGUGAUAUUUGUAGAUACCUUAUCUAGACAAAUUCAUAUAAAAUGGAACCAUAUUGCUGUGAUAUUUGUAGUAAAUCAUUCCCUAAGAGUAGUUACUUGACUUCUCAUAAAUGCAUUCAGACAAAUGAAAAACUAAAUCACUGUGAAAUUUGUGGUAAAUCAUUCUCUGGGAAAAGUAGCUUAACUAGACACCAGCGUAUCCAUACAGGAGAGAAACCGUAUUACUGUGAUAUAUGUGGUAAAGCAUUCUCUGGGAAAGGUAGCUUAACCAGGCAUGGACGCAUUCAUACAGGAGAAAGGCCUUACCAGUGCAACGUUUGUCAAAAGUCAUAUUCUGUUAAAAGUAACCUGACUGUGCAUGAACGUAUUCACAGAGGAUUGAAACCCUAUAACUGCGAUGUCUGUAGCAAAUCAUUCUCUCUAAAUCACCAUUUAACUAAACACAAACGUAUUCACACGGGUGAGAAGCCAUAUCACUGUGAUAUCUGUGGUAAAUCGUUCUCUGAUAAUUAUCCAUGUGAUAUUUGUGGUAAAUCAUUCUCUGGGAGUAGUGAUUUAACUGUACACAAACGUGUUCAUACCGGAGAAAAGCCGUAUCACUGUGAUAUUUGUGGCAAAUCAUUCUCUCAAAGAAAUCACAUAACCAGACACAAACGUAUGCAUACAGGAGAGAAACCAUAUCACUGUGAUAUUUGUGGUAAAUCUUUCUCUGAUGGAGAUAAGUUGACUAAUCAUAUACGUGUUCAUACAGGUGAGAAACCCUACCACUGCAAUAUCUGUGGCAAAUCUUUCUCUGGAAGCAGCGAAGUAACUGUUCACAAACGGAUUCAUACAGGAGAGAGGCCAUACCACUGUGAGAUUUGUAAUAAAGCAUUCUCUUCUGGAAGUGUCCUAACUAAGCACAAACGUAUUCAUACUGGUGAGAAACCAUAUCAUUGUGAUAUCUGUGGUAGAUUGUUCGCUGGAAAUAGUGAAUUAACGAUUCACAAACGUAUUCAUACAGGAGAGAAACCAUAUCACUGUGAUAUCUGUGGUAAAUCCUUCUCAGGAAGUAGUGAGGCUGCUAUUCACAAACGUAUUCACACAGGAGAGAAACCCUACCAUUGCAAUAUCUGUGGUAAAUCAUUCUCUUGUGGAAGUCAUUUAACCAGACACAAACUUAUUCACACAGGUGAAAAACCUCAUAACUGUAGUAUUUGUGGUAAGUCAUUCUCAGACAAAAGUAAAUUAAGUCAUCACAUACGUAUUCAUACAGGUUAGAAGAUGUGUCAUUGUGAGAGAUUAUUAUGUUCAUACAGGAGACCAAGCACAUCUCUGUGAUGUCUGUGGCAAAAUACUCUCUUGUGGAUAUAUCUUAACUAGACACAAGUACAUUUGCUCAAGAUGAAAUCAAAGGCAACUUAGCUAGGCAUGUAUUAACUGUAUCUAUGUCAAAACUCAGUUUUUAUCAAGCAAAUUAAUUUCCCUUUUUCUUCUCAGUAUAACUAAUAAUUUUAUGAAUAUUAGUUCUUUCCUGUGGUAUAAACUAGUAAUAUUCUCAAUGUACAGUAAGUGUAGUUGACAUAAGAAAGUGUUUAUGAAUGUCAGUAUUGAAUCAUUGAUGUUGGGAGGAGAAUAAACCAAUGUAAUAACUUAAAAUGCUUUUUCAUUCCUAAUAUUACAGGAAUAAAUUCUUUUUUCAUUUUCUUGUUGGAGAUGAAAGGAAAAAAAAUUAAUUUCAUCAGCAAAAACUAUUACACACUCCUGCACUGUAUUCACCAUAGACAUCAAAAUUCAUUUUAUAAGAAAAAUAUCAUAUAUAACCCUAAAUGUCUUUAGGCAUGAAAGAAGAUAGUGUGAUAACAACCUGACAACACUAUGUUUUAAAGAACCCAAGUAUAUUGUCAUUGGUGAAAUAACUUAGCACUCUGAUGCAUUUGAUAAAGUUUUUCCUCAAUACUCAUCCAUAUUCCAUCAAACAGAUAUGUUGAAGGAAGAAAGUCAAUUGUGAUUUCACAUUGUUGGUAAAUUCAUGAGAAAUGUAUUCGCAGAGAUCAGUGGCAACAUCGCUCUACAAUUAUAAAAGUAUACUUGGAUCAUAGCAUGAAAUGUUUUAUCAUAUCACAUAGGAUAUACAUAUGUUUCAUUUAUG